UGAGAUAGAUUUUAAUUUUGAUAACGCAAAGUUUGCUGUGUGCGGUGCUGGUGCGGCUUUGGUUAAUGAACUAGCUGAAUGUCUAUUUGGGGGGUGUGACUGCACUCUCCGUGUCGGCUUGUUUAUGAGGUGCUCAUGUUCAGUGGUCGAUCAACAUAGCGCGGGUCAUGUUCUUUGCAGUAAACUGAAGACUAUCGGAUUAUUUUUACGUGAAGAAGCAGCUUAUUCGAGUUGAUUUUUGUUGAUUGAGGACUUGUACAGCCUAUAUAAGUAGGGGAAGUUGGAAGCUGAUUCGGAACGACUGCUGAAGUUUUUACACAAAAACCGAAGUUGGAAAAUUUAACUGACAGGUUUGGAGAUGAAUGAGGAACAAGACCGGCCCUAUGGAUGCAGUGCUCCUGGAUGCUCUCAGCGGUUCCAAACAGAAGACCACCUGAUGAUCCACAGGCUCAAGCACGAGAUGACUCUCAAAUUCUCCUCUAUCAAGGCUGAUCCACUCGCAGACCAGACGCCGACGCCAACCCGUUUCCUGCGUAACUGCGAGGAGGUUGGCCUCUUCAAUGAGAUCGAACAGGAGUUCCACCAGGCACAAGAGGAGCUGAUCAACAAACAGACUCAGAAUCUCCCUCAGAAGGGAUCGACAUGUGCGAACCAGCCCCAAGCGCGUUCCCAUCACCAGCCCCACGGCAGCAUGGGGGCUCUUAGCUGCAGCAUGGCCGGCCAACAGACAAUGUCCUCUGCCCAGUCCAACUCAGUGAUCACCCAGGUCCCCUCUGUGCUCACACACUCAGGACCAGUCCCUGGCCUCUGCUCCUCCCUGUUGCGCCUCAGGAACAACAGACAGAGACAGCCCCUAGCUGCCUCCAUACCCGGCACACUGCCAGACCCAGCCAUGCAGGGAGCAUCUGCCCAACACAUGUCUAUGGAAAGACAGAUGCCUAUGGGAUCCAGUAUGAUGAGCAUCCAGGGUCCCGCCCACAACACUUCCUGCUCUUCACCACAGAGGAAUAAAACGCUGGGUCACCCCAACCAGCAGCACCAACACCAGCACCCCGGAGCUGUCGCCAACGGCAACAUGGGUCCCACUAUGGGUCACAUGAUGGAAAUGAUGUCACUGCGGCAACGCAACACCCAACUUCAGCAACAACAUCACCAUCAGCAUGUGCAGCAGGCUCCGCCCAUCUCCUACCAGCAGCACUGCCACGCCCCCCCACACCAUCUGGGAAACGCCCACAGCCAGGGCCACCAGACGGGAAAUGUGACGCACCAUCAGGUCCGCCAGUCACCUCCAUCACACCUGCAGGCCAGCCACACCCACCAGACUUCUCCGCACAUGCCCCUGCACUCCGUAGCUGCUCAGUUGUCUCCAGCAGCGCAGCACAUGCAGUCCUCUCAGCAGUCCCACUCCCUGCAUCCAGGCCAGAGCUCAGGGGGACGCCGCAGGAGGAUUGUGGACCAGGACCCAGACGAGCGCCGGCAGAAGUUCCUCGAACGCAACCGAGCUGCGGCCACGCGAUGCAGACAGAAGAGGAAGGUCUGGGUGUCUUCGCUGGAGAAGAAGGCAGAGGAGCUCACGCACACCAACAUGCAACUGCAGAACGAAGUGACCACUCUGAGGUCAGAGGUUGGCCAGCUGAAGCAGAUCCUGCUGACUCAUAAAGAUUGUCCGGUCACCGCCCGCCAGAGAGAAUCACAGGGGUACCUCAGUCCAGGGAGUUCGACAGGAAGUCCCUCCCCCCUGUUUCCCGGGUCGCAGCAGCAAGCCAUCCAAUCCCACAGCAUCUCCACCUCCUCAGAUGGAGGGGGCGAUGGAACGCACAGGAAUUAGAAAUGACAGCACGGGUGGGUGCAACUCAGUGAUUGGGAAAUGCAGCUGGAUAGAAUGCUACCCAUGUUGUCCCAAAAGCAGCCAUUGCAACGAUAGGACAUUAGUUCUCUAGUACAUCUUUGUGGUUCAGACCCAACAAACCCUUCCCACUGUAGCCCAAUGGUAACCUUAAAGGUUCUGGUUAGGAUAAAGUAGGGUGAGCUGAUCCUAGAUCUGUGGUCAGAGGCUACAUCUACCUGGAACUAAACCCUUAGUGGGUGCAUCUCAGUAGUCUGAAAUGGCUUCCUCUCCUCGCCUCUAUGGACUAGUUUCUAUAGGCCUUAAAGCCCUGGCUCUUUAACACUGUGACACCACUCACCUGUGAACUGGAUAUUGUUGUGUCUGGGGGAAUCUCUAUUCUAUUAAUGGGUCUCUGUUAUUGAGAAUUUAGACAUCCAAGUACUGUGCUAUCUAUUCCAGGACUUCCCCAAUUGGGGCUUUGUGUGUGUGUGUGUGUGUGUGUGCGCGUGUGUGUGUGUGUGUGUGUGUGUGUGUGUGUGUGUGUAAACACACAUCAUAUCAACUUCUGAGUGGCAGUUGUUUUCUCAGAAUAUGUCAGAGUUAGGUCUUGUAACUUGCAACCAUGAUUAUGACCAGGAGUGAUCCAUCCUGACCGCCUGGGUAUUACCAGGAGAAAGUUCCAAACUUUUAUCCUGGUCAGGUAAAACUCCUGGCUCUAACCAAACUAAAGUUACUACAUUAUGCAUUUUUGUAUCUAUGUUUGCUAAAGGAUGUGUGGCUGGUGUAACCUAGGUCACUCUGAAAUUCAGAACAUUAAUAAAAAUCAAUACAAAUGUACAUUUUAUUCACAUUUAUAUUGAGACCUGUAAAUUGAAUGAGAUUGUUUUGUAACCUUGUAAUUUAGAGCCUCCUUUUCCUCUGAAAGGAGUAUAAUUUUUGGUACCUGAUUGUCGUUGUACAUACAAUAGGCCCAGAGGUUGUUUUUAUUUUUUUGACCAUGUUUUCUGAGGAGGGAAACCUCUUGGGCCUUUUGUCUAACCUCUGUAAAGCACUUAAUACUUUAAUACAGGGUGUAUUUAUCAUGUAAACUUGGCCUAUAACUUGUAGCUGUGUUCCCUGACUGUUUGUGACUGCGUUUUGUUUAAUGUUUUUUGUACGGAUGUUGACAAUCGCUGCAAACCUAAUAUGAAAAUAAAAGCACUUAUUCUCUGGUA